ACUGCGUCAGCGAUGAAGCCCGUCGUCCGUGUUCAACACUGCCCGUCCUAGAUACAAAUCAUGACGAUGGGUGACACGGUUCGGUGCAAAUCUGGUGACAAUCUGGUGACAAUCAAACUCGACCUUCCCGUGACCUGGUCAGUCACCACGGCAUGCAUCAGUGGCUACAGCCAGCAUGACCGCCAACUCACCAGGCCUUUGUCUUGCACCAGCCAUGGUGUUUCUGCGCCAAGAACCUCGUUAUAAAACCGAUGCUUCGUUCGGUUAUGGCCUGUCCAAGCGCCCAACUCGCCAACAUGGAAGUUCCUCGCCACCGCCCAUUCUCACGCUCUCGGACUGUGAGUGGCGACUCCACGGCGAGCUCUUCUUCCACCGUAUCCAUCAUAACCUACCCAGAGCCACCGACACGCCCUCCAGCUGCAUACCUGACCGAACUCGAAAUCAGCAGCGCGCCCAUGGAGCAAUGCCAUAAAGACCUCGCCAUCAUGCAUUUGCGUCGCCUUAGCCGCAUCGCUUGGGAAGACGACAACGUGCACGACAAGGAUGCAUUACCGCAGUACACGACCAAGGAAGCUGCGCGGGAGCAAUUAGCGAGGAUGACUGUGAUCGUCCGUGAAUACCGAGCGGCUGGCGAACGGGCUAAGAGAGACGAGCAGGAAGCCGGUUUCGAAGGCGAUGGAGAGGACAUGUUUUCAGAGAGCAUGGUCCACGACCUCACAGACGCCGCCUUCUUCGUCUCCGGCCGCCGCGGCACCUUCAACCAGCCCGUCUUCGCAAACCCCCUCUCCAUCGGCCGGGAGCAAGAAGUCGCAGCCUUCAUGCAAGAAGUCCAAGCGGAAAGUGUGGACGAUGUGAUCGAGCUGUGGAACCUGCCACAAUAUGCCACGCCACUCCCUGACGGGCCACAUUGCGCGGGAGAAGACCUCGGAGCGGGAAUUGACUGGACGGCGAAGGUGCUUAAGGGAAGCGUUAGCGAGGACAACUUGAUCGCUGGGCUGGUGAGAUUCAAGGCCAGGGCGGGUGUUCGAGCUCCUGUUGCGGUUGGCGUGCCUCCCUCCACUGACCCGUUGAUGGAUCGGAAGAGGCGUACGGAGAUCUUGCUACAGAGGGGGGCGAGUCGGACGGAUAUGAGUUGGCCGCCACCUCCGCCGAGGCGGUCGAGGGCACCGUCGCUGAGCAAGCUGCGGGAUGUCGAUUGGGAGGAUGUCAUGGGGUCAGGAUGAUGGUUUUAAUCCAGCGGGAUUUCUUUUGCGCCGUGUGUUCAAUUUGGCUACAUGUUAGCUUGGUUGAAGUUGCUAGCGUGGGUGGCGUUGCUUGAGCGAUAGGCAUUUGGUCGAAGGACGUGACAGGGCUAGUGAGCUUCGCUGUCACGACAAUAA